AUGGCCCCGUCCACCACCGUCCCGAGUGCUUCGGCCAUUGAAGUCCCGGAGACUCUCCUCAAGAAGAGAAAGCAAAAUGAAAAGGCACGGGAGGAGCGUCUUACCGCAGCGACUGCUGCCCGCAAGGCUGCCAAGGCAAAGCGAAAGGUCAUCUUCAAGCGGGCGGAGUCAUAUGUGAAGGAGUACCUGUCGAAGGAGAAGGAAGAGAUCCGUCUGAAGCGCGCUGCCCGGAGUUCAGGUGACUUCUACGUCCCUGCUCAACCGAAGGUGUACUUCGUUGUCCGUAUCCGGGGUAUCAACGAGAUCGCUCCAAAACCCCGCAAAAUUUUGCAACUGCUCCGUCUGCUGCAAAUCAACAACGGCGUCUUCGUGAAAUCCACACGCGCUACGCAACAAAUGCUUCGCCUGGUGGAGCCCUACAUCACAUAUGGCGAACCCAACCUGAAGACUGUCCGUGAACUGAUUUACAAGCGUGGAUACGGCAAGGUCGAUAAGCAACGCAUUCCCCUCACCAACAACGGUGUCAUUGAGCAAGUCCUUGGCAAAUACGACAUCCUUUGCGUUGAAGAUCUUGUCCAUGAAAUCAUUACCGCCGGCCCCAACUUCAAGCAGGCCUCCAACUUCCUUUGGCCCUUCAAGCUCUCCAAUCCCACUGGUGGUUGGAGGACACGGAAGUUCAAGCACUUCGUGCAGGGAGGUGACUUUGGCGACCGAGAGUCGAACAUUAACAAGCUCGUUCGUCAAAUGAACUAG